AUGAAUUCUUCUUGGAUACCUGUCACAACUGCGGGACCACCACCCGUCAUCGACGACUUCCAAAUGUCGUGUCGAUUUUCAAAUUAUGGAAAUUUUCAACCAGAAGCAUUCGAUUCAGUCACUUGUGCUUCAUGCUUCUAUUUCAUUUAUAUGCUUUUGGAUCAUUAUAAAGAUAGAUAUAACGCCACUUUAUGCGACAAUGGUUUCGGUAUUCUGGUUUGUCCAAAGAAUUCGGACGCAAAGUAUUGUCAUUGUGAGAAUCCGUCCGUGGUUUAUAAUCUUCCGGAAUUUGCUUCGAAUUCAUCCCGAAUAACACCUCUGAAUCAACUGGCCCUUGAUCCUCCCCUCCCAUUUCAUUUCGAGCUUAUCGUCAAAGAUUGCUGCUCAGCUGCAAGAUACUGUUGCCGAAACACUCUUGUUAAAUAUCACCAUCGUCACGAUGAAUCACCAUGCCCUGCCACGUGGGACGGAUGGAACUGUUUUGAUUCGGCAGAUGAGGGAAUGAUAAGCAAACAGUGCCCGAAUUAUAUUUAUGGUGGAUCGAAUAUCAAAACGGAUUAUGAUGGACAUUCCAAAAAACAGUGCAAUGCUGAUGGGUGGGAUUUACCAGGUUACGGUUAUAAGGAGCAUACUGAUUACACAGGUUGUACGCGGAAUGAUGAUGCCCAAGCUAAACUUAUCGCUGGAGUAAUCACGUAUUCUCUCAGUGUAACAUUCUUACUUCCAGCAGUCGUUGCUCUUGGAUUCUUCAGACCAAUCCGCAAAAGUCCCAUGUUCAUUCUUCACCGUCAACUGCUCAUCUCAUGUCUCUUGUACGGGGUAUUCUAUCUUUGCUCAACGACAUUCUUCGUUGUUAGCUUCGCCCCGUUGUCCGGUCAAGUCUUUGAGAACCAUAUCUUCUGCCGUGUAUUCUUCUCCGUCCAACUCCGUUAUCUCCGAAUGACGAAUUUCUCAUGGAUGCUUGCUGAGGCUGUCUACCUCUUCAGACUUCUUCAUACCGCCCAACAUUCAACCGACGGAGAGACUAUGAACGACUACAAAAUCGCGUGUUGGGGUGUUCCCGGAGUGAUUACAAUGAUCUAUUUCAUUGUCCGCGGUAUGAAUGAUGACACUGGAAUGUGCUGGAUCGAGAAUUCCUCAAACGCCUGGGUCGAAUGGAUGAUUUUCGCGCCGUCUCUCCUCGCCAUGGGGGUCAAUCUUCUUCUUCUGGCUGUCGUCGUCAUCAUUCUUGUGAACAAAAUCCGCUGUGAUCCGCAUCUCGAGAGAAUGCAAUACACAAAAGCCGUCCGUGGAGCAGUAAUGUUGAUUCCAGUGUUUGGAGUUCAACAACUAUUGACAAUUUAUCGUUUUCCAAAUACGUAUUAUCAGGUGGCGGACCAAUCACUUAAUGGAUUACAGGGACUCUUCGUCUCGCUAAUCGUGUGUUAUUCGAAUAAAACCGUCCGUGAAUGCUUCACGAAAUGGCGUUCAACAUAUCAAGAGAAAGCAACACUUCACACGGAAUGUCGCCAACGGAUGAGUAUCCAAGAAAGCGGAAGAUUAAUUAUUCAAUCGCCACAAGUCCCCACUGAACAUGUUCAAUUGUAA